UGGGAGUGAUCAGAGCCCCAUGGCUGACUCCACUGUACCCCCCUCGCUGCCCUGUGGCCUUAUCAAUGCCGCCAACCGGUACCUGAGCGCCGAGCCCUUCCGCUUCCAGGUGGUGGCCACGGGCUUGGUGCUGCGGCUCCGCCAGGUCUGGAUGCUCCGCUUCGUGCCCUCACAGGGAGCCGGAGCGGCCGGGCAGGCUGAGGAGAGCGGGCAGAGACUGCAUCUGCUCAGCUGGCUGCAGCGCUUCCUGGCGGCCGAUCCCAAUGGCAAAGUCACCUGUGACCAGGAGAGCCCGGGCCCAGGUGCCCUCUUCCUGCUGCGGCAGUACCCAGAUGGCAAGGUGUGCAAACUCCACCCACCCCGAACUCUCCAUUGCCCCCCACCCCAGGCACCAGCUCCACUGACCCCGGGCCCCCCUCCUACUGCAGCAGCACCUGAGGGCAAGGUGUGAGCCCCCACCUGCCCCAGCACCUA